GUCGAUACAUCGUGUUACGCCAACGCUUUGAGGGAAAUUCCCCUUUCCCAGAAAUCAACACCGUGGUUUCGUCAUUGCAAGAAAAUGUGAAAUCUAACGGAUUGAAUAGGUCACAGUGUGAUGCAAAAAGACUGCAACUCCUAGUUUAAAUUGCGUUACUUGUAGCUGGUCGUACUUUACAACCGACGAUUAGUUGGACUGUGCGUGGCAAAGUCUACAUUUAAAGUAGAUGGGUUAAAAAAUUGUUUUAUUUUGAUAAUAAUAAUAAUACGAGCAACUGAUCAUUCAAGGGCAUUGCAAUGACAAAGUAUUACAGUCGUGUAAAACACCUCCAAAAAUUAAUACAAUUUUGAACCAGUAAAUUCAAAGGCUGCAUUAUUUGGAGAGGGUGAUAGAAAUAGCACACUGCAGUUAUAUAGAGAAAAAUAGUUUGCAAACAGAGAAAUAGUAUGCAAGGUAAUCUUGAGAGAAAAAAAACUUGUCUAGUGCUAUUCUGAAUAGUGGAGGUUUAAAUGAGAUGACCUAAAAAUAAGCAACGACCAAACCAAAACUAAAAGGGUUUGCUAUGACACCCUUCAUGGUUGGAGAACGUCAGGUCUUACCAUGCCAAGGCAAAUGCAGGCAGAACUUGAAAUUCAUUAAAUAUGGGAGAUUUUUUUCUUAGCAACAAAUUUGUAUUAAACGAAACAUGAUAAGAACAUAAAUUUUGAGGGACAAGCAAAGAACAACCAUUAUGGGAUAGAACACAUUGGAGUACAUGAUGGGACAGACACAUGUACUACUUGUUGGCUGCCCAUCUUAUGGAAACUCAUAAGUCAGUGAAAGCAAGGGAUUGAAGAUGUAAAAAUGUUAAUAGCUUGGAGUAAAACUAUUGCUGACAAAAUACAACAGGCUAAUUUUGAAGCUGAUUUUUUUGUACUGCCAGCAAAAAAAUUCAAAUGCCCCUUGGAAGAAAAGAGGUUCCCCACCCAUGCUGUACAUUGUAGACACUUGGAAUUCUGUAGUUAAGGGUUAUGAUCUUUCAUCUCCUCAAUCCUGUCAGUAAUGUUAGGACUACUAUACUGUAUGUGACAGUGUAUUCCACAAAGCAGUAAUGAAGUUGCUGGUAGUGACAUCUACAAGCAGCCUAAGCAUAGGCCGUUAUGCUCUCUUCUGCUUGAGUACCACAACAGGAGCAGGUUGUUCAACAUGUGGAUGGAGAAGGAAUCCAACCCUCUUUUUAGCAGGCUGUCAGCAAUCAUCUCUUCGAAACCUCCAUACAUCAAAACCAAUGUCAACACAUGCUGAUCUGAAAAUUGAAGUAAACAGUUGCUACGAGAUGUUGGGCGUGACACAUGAAAGUGAGGAUUCUGAAGUUCGAGAAGCGUAUCUUCACAAGGCCAAGGCGUUCCACCCCGACUCAGGAGCUGCAACUGCAGAUGCUGAGAAGUUCAGUCAGAUUAAGGAGGCAUACAAGGCAGUGCUUGCACAUAGGAAGGGGCGCAAACUCAUGGAAGAAGAAGAAAAAGAAGCAGAAGUAAUUUUCGAUAUCAAACACACUGUUCCCCAACAUCGGCAGUACCUAGAGUUUGAGGGUGUUGGCUUUGGCACACCAGCACAGCGACAGCGACAGUACCAGCAAUACAAAGUGGUGCGUGCAACAGAGAAUGUCUACCAACACCGUGUCCAGAAGUUAGCAGCUCAUACAGAGGACUCUCUAGUGCUCAAGGACAAACAGCAAGCCAAGAAAACAGUCAUAAGCAAUGCUUUACACCGACUUGUUGAAGACCUCAUUCAGGAGUCAAUGAAAAGAGGUGACUUUGACAACCUUCCUGGGCAGGGAAAACCACUUGAUUACUCUGCACACAACCCACUAGUAGACUCGGCCACAUACAACAUUAACAAGAUCCUUGUUAACAAUGGUUAUGCACCAGAGUGGAUCACACUGUCUUCUGAUAUCAGGAAAGAAAUAAAACAAGCUCGUGAAAAUCUUGCUGUUGCUCAUAAGCGACGGAGUGAAAAUCCAACAUCAGCCUAUGAUGCCAGAUUUUGGCAGCAGACUGUGGUUAAAUUUCGCACAGACAUCAAGGAAAUCAAUGCCAAAAUUGAUAAAUACAAUCUGAUCGUGCCAUUCCUAGAGAAGCAGAAGAUGCCUUACAGUGCUGAGAGGGAGGUGCGCAGAGUUCUAGAAAAUCUUGACCAGUAUCUACCUUCUGAUGGAAGCUAUUCCUAUAAUGUCUCGCUGAUGGCAGAGACAUACCAGUCUUUGCCAAACCAGUCUAUAGACUGGAGACAGGUGUGGCAUGAUAUUAAGCAAAUCUUCAAGGCUGGAAAACAGUAAGGCUAGUGAGAAAGGAAUUUGCUGGCAGUGACUUUGGUGUGUGCUAGCUGUUGUAAAAAUUAGAUGAAAGCAACAUUAUGUGGAGUUUGACUGCUCUAUUUGUGACUAACGUGAAUUUAGUUCUGCGCUUAUCUUGAUUUACAUAGAUUUAUAUUUGUAUAGGAUGGCUAACACAGGACUAGGAGAUUCUAACUUAAGUUUAUAGGUUGUUUUAGUUAAAAUGGUUGGGAAAAACGUUCUAGCCAACAUAUGCUCAUUACACUGUCUUAAAGAGCAUAUGAUGUAAUAUUUGAAACUGACAGCUCUGAGAUGGUGCUUUUAAAGUAUCAACCCACAUAUCCCACUGUUGUGGCCCUCUUUUCCUUGAGGAGUAACAAGGAAUAAACAACAAAAAUAACUGCUUUAUGAAGUUGAGAAUUUUUUUCAGUCCAGACAUAUUUUAUGUCCAAAUUUUAUGCAAAAUUAAAGAAUAUUUUGUGGA